AUGGGGGAAACCAAGGUAUUGUGUGCCGUGAGUGCUACACUAUGCGAGCCGCGCACGACUCGCCCUAACAAAGGUUUCGUCACGGUCGAUGUUGAUAUGAGCCCGAUGGGCAACCCAGCACAAGAACAUAAUCGCCUGGGUGAACGUGGGCUUGAACUGACGCGCAUGCUCGAAUUAGUGCUCAGAGACUCACGAUGCAUUGACGUUGAGUCCCUUUGCGUGCGAGCCCACAAAGAAGUUUGGAAACUGAGAGUUGACGUGCGUAUCCUCGACGAUGAUGGCGGUCUUCUAGAUUGCGCCUCAGUCGCAGCUGUAGCGGCACUCUAUCAUUUCCGUCGCCCAAAUGUUACCGUCCAGCCAAAUCACACUCUCAUUCAUUCGGAGUACGAGCAAGCGCUUGUACCUCUCAACAUUUACCACAUGCCCAUAUGUGUGUCAUUUGGUUUCACGAAGAGCGGGAACGUUGUUGUCGUUGAUCCAACCGACAAAGAAUCCCAGUGUCUAUAUGGAUGUCUUGUGAUUGCCUGCAAUAAGCGUCGAGAAGUCUGCGCCCUUCAUCAGUCAUCCAAUCUCAUUUUAAGUACGAGCGCUAUCGAAGCGUGCGUAAAGCGUGCAAUGCAUCGGGCCGUUGACUUGUCAGAAUUGAUCUCUACCGUUAUCCGGGACGACGUACAGAAGCGGACCAAAUAUCAAAAACCAGCCGGUUUUGAGCUAACUGUGAACGCUCAGUUACUCACUACCAAGGAGGCUCAGCCGAACGAACUGGUAGCUCCGACAGUGGAGCUAAUGGACGAGUACGUGGAAGUGGAACAGCCAAGUGUUAUUUUAAAUCAAAACCCGCUAGGUGAGAGAGGUGCAGCUCCACCUGAUGAAGCUCGUGAGGAGAUAGCUAUUGCCAACCAGGUGGCAUUAAUAGCUGAUGCAGUGGAUAACGUCUCCAUGAAGACGGCUGUCUCUGCGACUUUUGAAACCGCAGUUGUUAGCAGUAGAAAGCGUGAACUGGAUGAAGUUGCUGAUUUAUUAGAAGAUCUGGACACUUUGGAAGGCGAGACAAUGGAGUUGAUCACCCAAGGGCCAUCACCCGACGAAGGAAUGGAAAUGGAGGUCGAUUUGUUGAAAGCAAGGAAAAAGACUUAG